UUCAGGACGACCCGCCCCUGGUCUAAAAUUCUCAUGAUGAUGUACAAAACCAUUCUGCUUUAUCUUGAACGUGGCCUUGACAAGCCCGCAGACGCCUCGAGAUUGGCCUUGUGGAUCAUCUGUGUGGCUGGCCCUAGUGGCGUCAUAUAUAGACCGGAAAAAACACAGAUAAAGCUAUGCUAAUUUUGUUGGAUACGGUUGUGUUCGUUCUGAAUGUUUGUUUAAAUGCAGCGUGUAACAUAAUUUAUGGGUGAAUAAAUGUUAGGCACAGUGUAGCCUAUCAGUCAGUCCGUCCCCGUGACCAAAAUCUUUCUCCGCCCACUGAAGAUUGGCAGCCAGGCAAUGUAAUCCUGACCAAAACUAACGGAAUAGACAAGCGGAUUGUAGCUCAGAUUAGUCGUAUCCUCUGUCUUAAUAAAAUAUAUUGAGAAAAAACAGCUUUGCUCUAUUCUAAACAUAUAGCAAAAGUAUUAAAUAGCAUACGCGCGAUUGUGAAUGUCCGCGCUUUGUUUGGCUUCUUUACCUUUUCCUUUUCGCCGUGCGUGUCAUUGCUGAGACAAUGGAAUCUCUUCGCUCUCAACGUCUACAGCCCGGGAUAGGAUCUGGGAUAGGAUCUGGAAUAGGACACGGAAUGGGAUAUGGAGCAGGGUCUACUGGUACUUUACGUUCUUUGCGGCCCGGUGUAACUGUACCAACCACCUCCCCGCAAUCCGCCUCGGCUCCCCUAUCUGUGUCCCCGGGACCACCGCCGCCUCCGCCGCCGCUACAGUUCCACAGCCUCGGGUUGGGCGUCAUGGGCUCUGCUACUCUGGGGGCUGCAGGAAUGGCGAGUGCUGGGCUAUGCAAUCCAGCCAACCCGGCUGUGUUGCGGGAAGCAGUUGAUGCCGUUGUCAGAAGUUUUGCAAAACAUACGCAAGGAUAUGGAAGAGUGAACGUGGUGGAGGCUCUGCAGGAGUUCUGGCAGAUGAAGCAGUCUCGAGGGGCGGACCUCAGAAACGGGGCGCUAGUGGUCUACGAGAUGGUCCCCUCCAACAACCCCCCCUACGUGUGCUACGUCAGCCUUCCUGGGGGAAGCUGUUUUGGGAGUUUCCAGUUUUGUCCAACAAAGGCCGAAGCCAGACGCAGCGCGGCUAAGAUUGCUCUGAUGAACUCCGUCUUUAAUGAGCACCCAUCCCGCCGUAUCACAGACGACUUCAUCGAGAAGAGCGUGUGCGAAGCUCUCGCCUCAUUCAACGGAAACAGAGAAGAGGCAGACAACCCCAACACAGGGAUUGGCGCAUUCCGCUUCAUGCUGGAAUCCAAUAAAGGAAAGUCCAUGCUCGAGUUUCAGGAAUUAAUGACAGUUUUCCAACUGCUCCACUGGAAUGGAAGUUUGAAGGCCAUGAGGGAGCGGCAGUGUUCCCGUCAGGAGGUCCUGGCUCAUUACUCGCACCGGGCGCUGGAUGACGACAUGCGCACGCAGAUGGCGGCCGACUGGGUAAACCGGGAGCAGGUGGUGGCGGGCACCAUCAACCGGGAGGUGGCGGCGACCGAGCGCGAGUUGGAGGACGCGCGGCUGGCGGGGCGCGAGCUGCGCUUCUACAAGGAGAAGAAGGACAUCCUCAUGCUGGCCGUGGGGCAGCUGGGCGGGGCCAACAACACAGCGACGCUGCCGCACGCCUGCUGAUUGGCUGGCGGAGUGUGAGCGUGGCUGUGGUGUGGCGUGAGAGUGUGGCUGUGGCUCUAAGGACACCUGGAGCCACUCUGAUUGUAAGAGACAGUUUUCUUACUUUUUUUUUUUUUUUUUUU